AUGAGGAGCCAUACCGGUAAGAAGCUUCACAGCUGUCCGAUAUGCAAGGAAAAUUUCUCUCGAUUACACUAUAAGGAAGAUCGUAUGAGGACUCAUACCGUGAGAAGCCAUACAGCUGUCCCACAUACAAUAAAAGUUUCUCAUUUAUCAGCUAUGAAAAAGCAUAUGAGGACUCAUACCGGUAAGAGUAUGAGUCUCACAGCAAGCCUCACAGUUGUUCGAACCAUUGAUUCUCACAUGAAAGUCAGGGGUUCCUAUUCCAGCCAGAUAUUAAUGAAGGAUCAGACAAACUGUGUCCACGGCCGGAAUGGCGACAGGCAAGGGAUCAAACGGCAGGUGACAGGAUGCACUAGAAGCCGCAGUCCCAACCCUGCAUGGAAGCGGUACAGGAAUUGCUCGCUCGAGACUGACCCCAGAGAUGACAGUCUUGUUCGAUAG